GAAACCACAAUAAAAGACGGCCCAAGCCCUAUCUUCCCGGCUUCAGAACGCGAACGCGUUUUCGCUCGGUUUGACCCUCCAGGCUUCCUGUCUACGCCGUCCCAGCGCGCCUGCGCAGAAACCCUCUGCCCUUUCAUCUUGGCGCUUGGGCUGCCUGGACCAUGGCGGCCCGCAGCGUAGGGCUGCUGGCCCGGUCGCCCCUCUGCGCCCAGAGCAGAAGUCCCGUCCGGCUCGCCGCUGCCAGGCUCCUCAGCGGCGCAGGGCCUGUGGCCGCAGACGUCGGCAGAGAAGAGCAGCCACUGAGAGGCGCGGAGACAGGCUCUGAAGACAAGACUCCCAAAAAGCGAUUCUCGGAGGUGCAGGAGGAGAGACGGGAGCAGGCACAGCGGACCGUCUUAAUACAUUGUCCACAUAAAGUCAGCGAAAAGAAGUUUCUCAAGUAUUUGUCUCAGCACGGAGCCAUUAAUAACCAUUUCUUCUAUGAAAGCCUCGGCCUCUUUGCCGUGGUGGAGUUUGCCAGGAAGGAGAGCGUGGGCUCCCUGCAGAGCGGGACGCUCAUGCCGCAUGAGGCCGCGAUUCCCUUCCGGUCGCGGUUCCUCAGCCUGAAGCUGAAGAACGCGGGAGGCCAGCCCUCCGAGCCGCCCUCCGUGCGGGCCAGCCAGCAGCUGCCGCCUUCCAGCCAGAGGCUGCUGGAGCGCCUCUGUCGGGCAGAAAGCGUGGGUGAUCAGCUGGACACGCUGCUGCAGGAGCUGCAGCUGACGGAGGAGAACGUCAGGCUGCGCUACCUCACCUGCUCGCUCAUCGAGGACGUGGCCGCCGCCUACUUCCCGGACUGCACCGUCAGGCCCUUUGGCUCCUCGGUGAACACCUUUGGGAAGCUGGGGUGUGACCUGGACAUGUUUUUGGAUCUGGAUGAAAUUGGAAAGCGCAGCACUCCUAAGACCGUAGGGAAUUUUUUGCUGGAAUUUCAAGUGAAAAAUGUUCCUUCAGAAAGGAUCGCGACCCAGAAGAUCCUGUCGGUGAUCGGCGAGUGCCUGGACCACUUCGGCCCCGGCUGCGUGGGGGUGCAGAAGAUCCUCAAUGCUCGCUGCCCGCUCGUGCGCUUCUCCCACCAGGCAUCUGGCUUCCAGUGCGACCUGACCGCCAACAACAGGAUCGCCUUGAAAAGUUCGGAGCUCCUCUAUCUGUAUGGCGCCUUGGACUCCCGGGUGAGAGCCCUGGUGUUCAGCGUGCGGUGCUGGGCUCGCGCACACUCCCUGACGAGCAGCAUUCCUGGCGCCUGGAUCACGAAUUUCUCCCUCACCAUGAUGGUCAUCUUCUUUCUCCAGAGGAGGUCGCCUCCUAUUCUGCCGACGCUGGAGUCCCUGAAAGCCCUAGCCAGUGCAGAAGACAAAUGUGUAAUAGAAGGCAACAACUGUACGUUUGUGCGUGACUUGAACAAGAUUCAGCCGUCAAGAAACACAGAACCACUAGAAUUACUGCUGAAGGAAUUUUUUGAAUAUUUCGGCAAUUUCGCUUUCAAUAAAAACUCCAUAAAUAUUCGGCAGGGAAGGGAGCAGAACAAGCCCGACUCCUCUCCGCUGCACAUUCAGAAUCCUUUCGAAACUUCUCUCAACAUAAGCAGAAACGUGAGCCAGAGCCAGCUGCAGAAGUUUGUGGACCUGGCCCGAGAGAGCGCCUGGCUGCUGCAGCAGGACGGGGAGGGCGGCCCGGCCCCGGCCCCGCGGCAGCCCUGGGGGCUGGCAGCCCUGCUGCUGCCCUCCGUCAGGGAUAGCAGGUCUCUCUCCAAGAAGCAGAACAGGCGGCCUGCGAGCGAGAGGGUAAAAAGCUUGCUUGAAUCCAUCAAAGAGCACAACCCGGACAGCCCCACGGCCACUGACGGGAAAAGGACAAUGAGCACUCACGCAUGACCGCUGGCCGCCCCCUCCUUGAACUGGUUGUCCUGUGACGUUGUCUGUACCAUGGAGGAACUGGGGAACUCCACCAGCCACACUUCCAUGCCAGACCAUCUCCUGGCCUUCCCGGCGGCUCCCUCUGCCUGCUCUGCAGCCUGGGGCGUUGCGGCCCCCACCGGCCGGCUGCCCCCAGUCCCAGCCACAGCCACAGCCACGGAGCAGGGGGCAGAAGGUGGAGCACUCCUCGCAGGAUAAACCGUACGGAGGGAAUGGGAAGAAUGAUUUUAGGAUCAGACCGGUGUUGGUCUCCCCGGCAGGCCCUGUGGGGACGCAUUUAAAAGGACAUGCCCAGUUGUGCGCAGGCAUGAGCAGAGAUUGCGUAAUAAAACUGCCAGGUGUGGUGGUGGUCCUCUUGA